AUGCCGCCAUCACUCGAUGCAGAUCGAGAAGCCUUGGUGCGGCCCAAACGGGUUCCCGCGCCCUCCAAGAGGUUAACCGAUGCUUCUAAUUCUGCAACACCUGAGCUGAGUGCUCACCUUGAAGCCAUUGCCCUCAAGCGAGCUGAGGAUGCCAAACGAUUGGCGGAGGAUACCACCAUGGCACCAGCUACUUCGAGUUCCCACUUUGUCACCCCCACCAAGAGAUCUCAGAAUACUGACUCUUCCGGUAGUGGGUAUGAUACAGAUUGUUCAGCCGCUCAAAAACCACCAAAAAAGAAAAAGUCGCAUAGCAGCCAAUCUGUGAUCAUCAGUUCCGACUCAGAAGACAGCCGUGCUGCACCUGCCACGGCAAAAAAAAAUCAAGCUCCAGAUCCUGUCAACGAUGAUGGAUUUCUUGCAGAUAUCAACAUUGCGAGCCUCUCUAAUGACGAGAUCAAGCAAAAGCCUGACAGGAAAGUCCGAAAUAUUCUGAGCCUGGUGUUGAUGGCAAACCUCGCACCUAUCGCAAUUGCACCUUGUGCUCGAAGAAGGGUCCACGCAAACACUUUGUGA